GUAUUCCAAUGGCUUCUGGUAUCAAUUCUAGUAGUAUUAGUAUUUAUUUUUAAUAAUAACUAUUCCACUUUCCAAUUUCUACUUAUUAGAUUUUACAUAUUUCCACUUUCCAAUUUCUACUUAUUAGAUUUUACAUAUUUCGUACAUUAUCACACAAAUCACCAAUUUUAAGUAAAUUAUAGAAGACAUACAACCUUAUGUAGACUUAUUACAACUAUUAGUUAACUAGGCUAACUAGCAACCAGGUUAACUGCUGUUAUGGUCGUUUGAAUAGCUGUUGAAUAAGCUGCAUUUUUUGAAGGACAAAUGCAUUGCAUAGUUAUAUAUUCAUCAAGUAGCGCUAACAACAUAAUACAUUGUAGUUACUUUUAAGGACUACACGUUAAAACGGCUUGCCAUACAGCGUGUCUUCCAACCCGAUAACAUGUUGCGUUUUUGUUCGCGUGAAAACACAUUUUAGACGGAGCUCUGCUCCUGUGAAUGAAAGACCCUCCCUUGUUGCUGCGACGCCUGUUUCUUCAGACCGUCAUCACAAGCGAUCCGCUUCAGUGGGACGUCGGGCUAUUCAAAGCACCAUCGAUUGUGCAUACCUUUCUGAAGGCCACUAGAAUUGCUGAAGGCAAGGUCUGUUCGUCUGAUCGUUCUCAAAGAAGACGGACGUGUAGCGGGUUUUUCUUUUUUUCCAGGGGAAGCUGUAACACAAUAGGGACACAGGAGUUAUGAAGGCUCGACGGAUGACUGGCGCUGUCCGUUCAGCACCACCUUGCGCCCAAUGACACCAUAAAAAGCAGCCUGGCACCCUCAAACCCGAGCCGGGGGGUCAGGAUAUUGGGUUAUUGGAGGGAAGACGCGUUCGCAUCUGUCGUCAGAAGUCACUGAGGUGUGUGAAGGGUUCUGGAUUUCUAUUGUUGGCAUGGACACUUCGAGGCGCACCUGGCACGAUCGUAAACACGUUUGAAUUUUCUGAACAUGGGUCCCAGCGGUAUGAUGAAGGUCCAUGGGUUGGAGAUAUGACUAGAGAGGUACGCGAUGGGCCAAGGGGACGACAAGGAACGCAUCGUGAUCAACGUCGGAGGAAUCAAGCACCAGACCUACCGCAGCACCCUGCGCACCCUGCCCGGCACUCGACUCUCCUGGCUGGCGGAGCCCGACGCGCCUAAUAACUUCGAUUAUGAUGCGAACAUCGGGGAGUUUUUCUUCGACCGUCACCCCGGCGUUUUCGCCCACAUUCUUAACUAUUACCGCACGGGCAAGCUGCAUUGCCCGGCGGACGUGUGUGGACCUUUGUAUGAGGAGGAGCUGGCGUUCUGGGGGAUCGACGAGACGGACGUAGAACCGUGUUGUUGGAUGACCUACCGGCAGCAUCGAGAGGCGGAGGAGGCUUUGGACAGCUUCGCCGGGGGUGCUCUCGAUCUCGGGCAUGAAGACCCGGAGCCUGAGGGGGUGGCUGAGGCGGCCGAGGGGGAUGAGGGUGUUGAGAUGACCCGGAGACUGGCGCAAGGCGACUCGCCCGAUAACAGGUCCGGGCGCUGGAGCAGAUGGCAGAAGAAGACGUGGGCGCUCUUUGAGGACCCGUAUUCCUCAAAAUACGCACGGUGGGUAGCAUUUGCAUCUUUGUUCUUCAUUUUGGUGUCCAUUACUACAUUCUGUUUGGAGACUCACGAGGCCUUCAAUCCCAUCAUCAACCGCACAGAGACUUAUGAAGUGGGUAAUGAAACAUUGGCGCGUGUCUUUCCUGAAACGGAGACCAUGGUGCAGUUAACCUACGUUGAGGGUGUCUGCGUUGUGUGGUUCACAUUUGAGUUUCUAAUCCGAGUGACUACCUGUCCAAACAAAUUAAAAUUUGUCAGAAAUGCCCUCAACAUCAUUGACUUUGUGGCCAUCCUCCCUUUCUACCUGGAGGUAGGGCUUAGUGGACUUUCCGCCAAAGCAGCAAAAGACGCGUUGGGUUUCCUCCGUGUGGUGCGAUUCGUUCGAAUCCUCCGUAUCUUCAAGCUGACCCGACACUUUGUGGGUUUGCGGGUACUAGGGCACACGCUCCGUGCCAGUACCAACGAAUUUAUCCUCCUCAUUAUUUUCCUUGCACUUGGAGUCUUAAUCUUUGCCACUAUGAUCUACUAUGCUGAACGUUUUGGAAGGAACCUCAACGAUCCAAAUGCGAGUAGCGACACACACUUCAAGAACAUCCCCAUUGGCUUCUGGUGGGCUGUGGUAACUAUGACAACCCUCGGCUAUGGCGAUAUGUACCCUCAGACGACGUCCGGCAUGCUGGUGGGCGCACUGUGUGCCCUGGCAGGUGUGCUGACGAUUGCCAUGCCUGUACCUGUAAUCGUGAACAACUUCGGCAUGUACUACUCCCUAGCCAUGGCGAAACAAAAACUACCAAAGAAAAAAAAUAAGCAUAUCCCUCGAGCACCUCAACUGGGGUCUCCCAACUACUGCAAGUCAGCUAUUAACUCCCCACGACCCAGCACGCACAGCGACACAUGCCCUCUGGCACAGGAAGAGGUUUCGGAGAUCAGAUAUCAAGAUUUUAAAGUGAAUGGAGAGGCGUCCAAAGCUGCCCUGGCCAAUGAGGAUUGUCCUCACAUCGACCAGGCGGUGUCGCCCGAGGAAGUCUUCAGCCCCGUGGACCGCGAGAGACCCUGCUUCCUGCUCACCUCCGGAGGAGAACGAGCCAAUCACACGGGGGGGAGAGUCAGGAAGGGUUAUGAAAAGCCAUGGAGCCAUAGCAGCAUGUCUGGAGGCGUGGCCUCAGUGUCGGCCCUGCCCUGCAGCCCGCCCUGUCUCAUGCAGCAGGUCCACUCUCCCAUCCCAUCCAUCCUGUAGCAUGGACAACAAAACUAACCAAUCAGAGGCCCUCGCUCCGCAGUGCUGCGCUGAGACGCCUGCUCACACUGUGUACCAUCCAUCUCUCAUUAAACUCUUUUACAUUUGAACUCUUCUCGUCACCACUUCUUGUGCCUCUUGCUUUCUCUCUUCUUCCUCUUCUCCUUCUUCUUCUUUUUUCCUUCCGAAUUCUGUCCUUCUCCCUUUUCCUCUUCAUUUUCUCCUUCCUAUGCCUUGUCCCUCUUCUUCUUCCCUUCUCCUUCCUAUUCCUCUCCUUUCUAUUCCUUGUCCUUGUUCUUUUCUUCUAUUGUCUCUUCUUCUUCCACUUCCUCUUCUCUCCUUCAGGCUUCCUCAUCCUCUACCCUUUUCCUUCCUCUUCCUCCCCAUUUUUUCUUCAGUUUCUCCUUCCUAUUCCUCUUCCUUGUUCUUUUCUCUUUCUCUGCCUUUUCUUAUCUUCCCUUCUCCUUCCUGAUCUCUUUCUUGUCUCCUUCUAACUCCUCUUGGUUCCAUUCCCACUUCCUUUUCCGCUCCUUCUUAUUCUCUCUUCCUUCCUCCUCCUUUUCUCCUCAUCCUUGUUCUUUUCUUCUAUUGCCUCUUUUCCAUCUUCCUCUUCCUCCCCCUUUUCAUCUUUAAUUUUUCCUUUCAAUUCCUUUUCCUUUACCUUUUCCCCAUCUUCUUUUUUCCUUCAUCUUCCACUUCUUCCCUUCUCCUUCUUUUCUUCCUCUCAUUCCAUCUUGCUUCCUCUCCCAAUUCCUUUUCCAGUCCUUCUUAUUCUCUUUUCCUUCCUUGCCCUCUGCCCUUCUCCUUCCUCUUCCAUCUCUCUCUUCACCUUAAUCUUCCUCUUUUUAUUUGCUGCUCCUAUCUAUAUUUUUCUUGCUACUUCCACCCUUUGCAUUCCCCCAUUCCUUCUCCCUUCUCGUCUAUACUUCCCUCCUUUCUCCUUUUCCAUCUUUUCCUUAUCUCUGCUCUUCUCCGUCCUCUUUCUCCUCACUUUCUCUUCCUACUCUCUUUUCACCUUUUUCUUCCUCCUUCCCCUUGUUUUAUUUUUUUUUCUUGCUACUUCGACCCUUUGCAUUCUUCUUUCUCCCCUUGUCCUUGGUCUCUUCCUUUCCCAUUCCUCUUCCCUUCUCUUGUCUACCCUUUCCUCUUUUUUCCUUCUCCAUCUUUUCCUUAUCUGCCCUUCUCUGUCCUCUUCCUCCUCCCUUCCCCUUCCUCAAAUUUCUUAUCUUCUGCUUCCUCUUCCUGUGCCCUUCCUCCUCUCUCCUCCUCCUCCUUCUUCCAUCUGUCUCUUCUCUUCUUUCUUCCUAUGCCAUGGUCUCAUGUACCCUCCCUUCUCUUUGCUGUCUCAUUCCUUUCCUCACUUUCAAAUUUCUACACUUUCAUUCUUCCCCUUCUCUCUCCUUCCAUAACUCCUUCUUUUUUUCCCCAAACCCUGAGUGUUUUAAGCUGUGGUUUUCAUUAGGUGCUAUUGGACACCAUUUAAAAGGAAAAAAAAAUGAGACAAUGGCUAUUUCAUAUAUGAUAUAAGACAAAACUAGUUUGAAGUGACACUAAACAAUCAUGAUUCUAGUGAUGCACACGUCACCAACAUAGAAACUUGAUUGAAGAAACCUCAUUUGCAUUUGCAUGCCUUGCAUGGGAAACUAUCUGAGAAAACAAUGUAAGUUUAUUGAAAAUAUGUAAGAAAAAUUGUGUUUUUUCAUCCAAAGCUUCUUUAAAUAUAUCUGAUGCAGAGUAUGAUAUCAUUUACGAUGACAUACAAUAUAUGUAGCAAUUGGUUUUUUUAUUUUUGCAGACAUUUUUUGCCUUUCCCCAAACUACGAUCUCCAGUGUUUUUUAAACACCCUCUAUCUAUUAGUAGCAGCAACUGAGUCGACCAUUCGACUUUUUGACGAACAAAUUGAGAUGCAAAUAGUAAAAAUGCACUUUAACUUUCUCUUAAACAGAGCAGGCAAAUUUAAAUAGCAGAAUUUAAAUUACAAUACCAGCUGUUACAUGAACAAGGUUUUAUUUUCACAAAAACCCAUAUUUUUCAUAAAUUCAGUUUUAAAUGUGAUUUAUCUGGAAUACAUACAUGUGUAUAUUACAUUUUU